AUGACUCCACCUUCAUCUUCCACUCCGAUGAACUCUCAACCUCCACCACCCAUGAUGAACACGUCCUCCCAACCGCCAAUGACCAGCUAUCCUCCUAAAAGAAAUUACGGAACGUAUAAUUCGUAUGGAACACAUCAUCAUCACGGAAAUUCUCCGUAUUAUCAUCAUCAAGGCGGUGGAUACUCUAGGAAUUAUAAUAAUUAUUACAACAACAAUUAUAAUAGAGGCUCAUAUGGACCACAGCAUUAUCAUACUUCUUCGUAUAAUGAGACUACAAAUGCUGGACAUCAUCCUCCACCACCUCCGCCUCCAUCUUCGUCAUCUUUGCCAACUGAGAAUAUUGUCCCUUCUUCAUCCACAACUCCACCUUCAACCAAUGCUCCAUCUACACCAAACAAAAUUGAUACACCCUCUUCGAAUUUCAUCAAUUCUUCUCCCAGCAAUUUGAACUCUCCAUCAACAUCCACACCAAACUCUAGUUCUUCAUCGUAUGGAUAUUCAAGAAGAUUUGGAUCGACAAAUGACCAAAUGUCUUACCAUUCAUAUCCAGACAAUUCUUACAAUUAUAACAGAAAGUAUGAUUCAUAUUAUGACCAUCAUCCUCAAUACCGAAAUGAUGACAUGACAUCUUACAGCAGAGGAGGAGCUCCCCCUUACUAUUCACACCGUAAAUCAGGAGGUUACAGCAAGUACAAUAAUUAUUACAAUACUGGUAAUAGUGGACAUUAUUACAAUCCUCCUCCAACAUCAACAUAUAGAUCCAAUGAUGGACAGGUGCCUCCACCUGUUGUCAAGCAACAAUCAGCCAUGGAGCCUCCGCCACCAUCCGAGAUGCCAGCCACACUUUCACCACCAUCAACAUCGUAUCCUGAUAAGUAUGCAUCCUCCUCAUCUGCAUAUAGGAAUAACGAGUCGUCGCUUGGUUCCGAUUAUCGAUAUCCAUCUCCUCCAUCCUCAUCACGGCAAAACUUUAACAGCGUUCCACCUCCACCACCUUCGUCUGCUACGGAUGCAAAUGCAAUGAUUGACGAAGAGGAACCUAUUCCUACCAGAGCUAACACUCAAUCUCCUCCUUAUGUUUCGGCUGGCACUCCCUCCUCUCAACAGCAACAGCCGUAUGAUUCUUCAUAUCAACAGCCCACUAGUGGAGACAUUCGGAGACCAUAUCCCAAUACUUACCCUUCGAGAGGAGGGAGUAGAGAUUAUUAUGGUGAUGGCAGUACAAGGAGCUCCUACCCUCCUCAAGAUUCUAUGAGAUAUGCCUCUCCGACCAAGCCAACCUACUACAGCAACAGCAAUUCCUACGAUAAUGGCAAUAGAAACGCUCCUGGGUCAACAACUUCAAGCAGCUCUGAAUAUUACAACAACAUGAAACAAGGAGGAUGGAGCUCAAAUUCAUACAGAAGCGACAAUUACAGCAAUAAUUAUUCAUACUAUCCCAAGCACAAUAGUUCAUCUCCAUAUCCAAACUCGUCAUCCAAUAAUUAUUCCCAAACAGCAUCGACAGUAUCGGCUGUAUCUUCUUCCUCACAAGGCGUCAGCACAACUGGUAAUGCAGGAACGGCCACAAGCAAUAACUAUCCUCCAAACUCAAAUUAUCAACUUUCUUCUCCAAAAAACCAGCUCUAUGUGGAUACUACAAAUCGAUACAAUUCUUCACAAGCUACUAAUUAUAAGGCCUCACCUUCACCAGCCAAGCUUCCUUACAAGCAACCAAGCUCAGCAAUAAGUGGUAGUAGUAGCAGCAACUACAUGUCACAACAAAAUGCAUUUCCAUCCACUGUCUCAUCUCAACCUCCCUCAACACCCAACAGUAGUAUGUCAACACGAAGUAACAUGAUGAGCGGUUCUUCUAGUGGUACCGUAAGCAACUAUAGUUCAUCAUUCAAUAGUAGCAUGGCAUUUCCUGCCAGCGCUCACACUGCUGCAAGCCAACAAAGUACUACAAUUUCUGAACCUCAAUCAACAAUUAUUUGGGAAUAUAAUGACGGAGCUGGAACAUACAAGUAUUUUGAUACACAAACUCAAAAACGCUACAUUAAGGUUAAAGAGGAUGAACAACUUGAAAUGCUCUAUGAAACUCUUGACAAAAUACGAGAAGAAAAACGACAAAUUACAGAACGAUAUUUUGAAAUACAGAAAAAGGCGCUACAAGCAGAUUACAAUUUAAUGCUUUCUGAUAUAGAAGUGGAGGCGUCUCAAAACUUAGUGACCAAGGGUAACAACAAGAAUGCAUCACCUUCGAAUGGAAAUCAAGAUUUUGUAGAGUCGUCAUCAACAAUGGUCACACCUAUUACCUCUCAAAGCUCAAUUCCUGAAAACAAUUCUAUGGGAAUACCAUCAGUACCUUCAGAGAAUGAUCUCAUUGCUUCACCCUCAAACCUCCAGUAA